AUGGGUUCCUUAUUGACUGAAAAAGAACACAUCGUUUCCUGUCAAAUUUUCAUCCUCUCUACAAUCUAUACGCCGAACAGAACCAGAACUCAGCAAACCAAACGAAGAAAUCCGACUUGCAAUUUUCUUAUCUUCCCCCAUUCUUUCGUUCGCUUUGGUCGGAGUUUUCCUCCAUUAUUAUUUGCGACCUGUGGACACUGCAAUGCGCAUGCGCAGACAGUGCUAGAGAACACAACGCCAUCACCUUUUCCGCCGUGUCAUCUAUCGUCAUUUACCACAGAGACGAACAAUCGAAAGUACCGGUGUUCGCUGAAAGAAAACCAACAGUUAUACUGGCGACAUUUUUUUUUUCGUUUUUGCGCUGAAGUUUUCUUUUCUUUUCUUUACAAUUCCGUCUUUUUUUCUGUUACAUGUUCAUAUUCUUUUUUAUUUUAUUUUUCCUUCUUUCUUUCUUUCUUUCCUUCUUUCUUUCUUUCUUUCUUUCUUUUACAUGUUCAUAUUCUUUUUUAUUUUAUUUUCCCUUCUUUCUUUCUUUCUUUCUUUCUUUCUUUUAUACUUUUGUCAUUUAAUAUUCCUGCUUUCAGAUUAGUUUGUUAUAUUUUCUUUCUUUCUUUCUUUCUUUCUUUCUUUCUUUCUUUUACACAUUUUCUCAUUUUUUAA